GCAAAUUUCACUACCGGAAAAUGCCAACUACUCGAAGUGCAAAUCAUCCAGCUCCAAAAAGAGCGAUCUCACCGGAUAGUGAUGACGGAGAAGAGGACGAUUUCAAAUCAAAAAGGACCCCAUCUGGUCGUGGACGUGGUGGCCGCGGACGAGGACGCGGCCGUGGCCGCGGAGGAGCCACCGCCGCUGGGGCAACCGUUGAAGGUGGUGAAAGCACCCGAGGAGGAGGAACUGGCCGUGGUGGGAGAGGACGUCCACGUGGAUCCAAGAAUUCAGACGGCGGAGCAGGAGGUCCGCCAGCCAAGCGUGGAAGAAAGAAGAAGGCAAAGUCGGAGUCUGAAGAUGAGGCUGAGUCGGACCAUCUUCAUGACGAGCUGAAGAAGUGUCUGUCGAUUUUGAAAGAGUUUGAGAAAAGCACACAUGAUUCCUUCACAUUUCCAUUCCGUAAGCCAGUUGACGUUGUCCUACUUGGCCUCACCGACUAUCACGAGGUCAUCAAGAAGCCAAUGGACAUGUCAACCAUCAGAAAGAAGUUGAUCGGCGAGGAGUACGACACUGCAGUUGAGUUCAAGGAAGACUUCAAAUUAAUGAUCAACAAUUGUCUCACUUACAACAAUGAAGGGGAUCCAGUAGCUGAUUUUGCUCUUCAAUUCCGCAAAAAAUUUGCUGCCAAAUGGAAGAAGGAAUUCCCAGAGGACGGAGACAGUUUUGGACAGGAGAAAGGUGAAAAAGAAGGAAGUGACAAUGAAGAUGACGAGGAAGAGGUUGAUGAAAAAGAAAAGGAAGAAGAAGUAAAAGAAGACAAUGCAGAAGAGAAACCUGCUGAAGAACCUGAGCAGCCAGAUGAGAAGGAAGAAGAGGAUCAUGAAGAUGAACGAGAAGAACAGGAGGAGGAAGAUUCCAGUGAUGAAGAGGAUGGUCUUGACGAUGAUGACGUCAGGCGUCACAUACCAGCAUCAACAUCAGCUCCAGUCGCCAAGCAUCCAGAAGCCGCGAUGCCAGAGCCAGCUGCCGAGCAUUCCUCAAUUCAGUCAUCCGAAGCUCAAGCUCUGGGAGAAAUUUCAGGAGCACACCCGAUACACAUCGGCGAGUCGGAGAUUGCCGGACAUGCCGCAGACUCCACUACGGGAGAGAGUCAUGCCUAGGCACAAAUUCAACUUCAGAAAUGCUGUUGGGAAUACAGUAUACUGAUAAAAACGAAUUCAAAACAGUAAUCAUCUUUUAUUUCACACUAAAACCAUGUCAACUGAUUCCCAGCCGCUUUUUGUAAACAAUUUUCAACUUGGACCAAUGUAUGCAUCUCUUAAAUACCCACCCACUCAUUUAGAGAUUAUUCCUAAAGUAUUCCAAUUUGUCAUGCAGUUCCUUCAGUUGUAAGAAACAUUAUCCCGAUACUUCUUUUUGUAUUAUGAAUCUCAAUCGACCCUUAUGAAUUUAUUUGACAAUUAAUGCUUUUUCAGCGUUUCCCUUUCCACCCUAUUCCUCAUUUUAUACCUCAAUUUGGUCCACCAAACUUUUCCAAUCGGAAAUCAUUCCCCCACUCACAAAAUAAAUGAGCACAAAUCAGCAAUAUAGUACUAUAUAAAAAUUUAUCUCCAAUCUGUAUUUUGAAUCAAAUGUUCAAAAAAAUAAAUUACAUCAAAAUAAAUAU